GCCAGGAAAGACAGAGGAACUAAUUUGAAAGUUUUCAUUUGGAUUGAAGUCAUGAAGUUACUCUGCUUACUUUCUGCACUAGGCAUACUUUCAUCUGUGGCAUCAGGGGCUUCCAUUGCUGUCCGCGCUACCAACACAGUCAACGUAUGCUCAAGCUGCACUUACAACACCAUCUCCAAGGCACUUGCCUCUCUCCCCAGUGAUAGCUCCACCUGGACAGUCGCCAUAGCAGCAGGAACAUACAAUGAAAGAAUUACCAUUUCAAGGUCAAACACCAUACUCCAACCCCUUGUUCCUGUUGCGGCCGGGGCUGAGAAUACUGUAUUCGUCGAGUAUAGCGCUGGUCAUAAUACUCAGUCUUCUUCUGGAUCAGAUGUUGAUUCCUCAGUGGUGAUUAUUACAGGCACUAAUGUGAAGCUGUAUCAUAUCACCAUCGCCAAUACCUUUCCUCAAACUCAAAACUAUGCCAAUCUGGCCUUGACGGUUGAAGCCGCGGAAGCUUCGUUCUACUAUGUCAAACUCUAUGGCUAUCAAGAUACACUGCUGAUUAAUCGAGGGGCUACUUCUUAUUUCAAGCAUUGUUAUGUUGAAGGUUCUGUAGACUUCAUCUGGGGAUACGGUAUUGCCUACUUUGACUCUUGCACAAUUGCCUCCAACGCAGCUGCGUCAAUUACAGCUCACAAUCGUGACUCUGCUUCAGCUGUUGGUGGUUUUUACUUCAACUACUGUAGCAUCAUUGCCACUAUUCCAUCUGGUCCUAUUGCAUCAACCGCAAACAAAUCAUUGUCUUUCUCUUCCACAUCCCAAUUUUCCAGCAGUAGUUACCUUGGCCGUCCAUGGAAUCAGUAUGCUCGAGUCGUCUACAUGAACUCAGCUCUUGGAUCGCAUAUCAAACCGGCAGGCUGGAGCAUUUGGUCGACAAGCAGCCCUAACACCGCUGGUGUCACGUUUGCAGAGUACGCCAACACUGGAGCGGGAAAAUGGAACAGUGCGAGAGCCACUUUUGCGACCAAUCUCACUUCCGCUCAAGCUGCGCAAUACGUGUUCUACAGUGUCUUACCAGGAGCCACCUGGAUUGAUACCACUCAAUAGAUGUAAAUGCUGAGACGCUUCAGACUGACAUUGAUAUCUAAUGCACAAUAUUGCUCUAUUGCAUGACAUACUCCUCC